AUGUUUCUUCAAUCUGCAAUAAUUCUAUUGAUUAUCAAUCAAUCCGCACAAUUUUCUUUGGAUCAAUUGAUUCAAUAUUCCAAAGUUCCUUCAUCGUUUGAAAUGGUCGAUGAAAUGCACAAACGAGGAAAUGAAAUGGAACAAACUGAAACACAAAACGAGCCACCAAUGUUUCGAAUACGUCGAGAGAAAGAAGAAGGAGAAGAAAAAAGAAAAGGUUAGUAGAUCAAGUCAGCUGGAAAUUUAUGUUGAAUAAUUUAUUCCAAAAAAAAACUCAUAUUUUUGUUUUUUUUUUGCAGUGUCCAAAUUCUCAAUUCGAAACAGUGCAAACAAUAAUGAAUCGAAUAUGCUUAAUGUGUCACGAACUCAAAUCACACAUUGCUCCAAAUACACGUGUCGAAUGUCAUAGUAACUGUUUCCAAAAUAGCGUCUUCCAUAGUUGUAUGAAAUUAUUUUCGGGUGUUCCGCCAAAAACUGCUCGAAGUGAACCAACUGCACCAGUUCCAUUGUAUUCCGAAACUGCUGAAACCUAA